UAAGCCUUUUCCCCGCUACACAGUCCGUCCCUUUGCCCUCUGAGACUCACCUCACGUUCCUGCUAGAGAAAGUGAGGACCUCUCCUCUGCUGCACACUGAGCUCUCUUUCUCCAUCAGUCCAUCUGAUCUUCAGAUUCACCGCUGCACACCUGGAAGCUCACUGCCAUGUCGGACAACGAAGAAGUGGUGGAGGAGUAUGAGGAGUAGGUUGAAGCUAGGGAGGUGGAAGAGACCGUGCAGGAGGAAGACGGACCUGCUGCAGAGGAGGAGGCCGGUGAAGAACAAGAUGGAGAAGAGGAAGCCGAAGAAGGAGAAGAGGAGGAAACCAAACCAAAAUUCAAGCCAUUUAUCAUGCCAAACCUCAUCCCUCCCAAGAUCCCAGAUGGAGAGAAGGUGGAUUUUGAUGAUAUACAUCGUAAAAGGAUGGAGAAGGAUCUGAUGGAGCUUCAGACUUUGAUUGAGGUUCACUUUGAGAGCAGAAAGAAGGAAGAAGAGGAGCUCAUUCAUCUCAAAGAGAGGAUUGAGAAGCGCCGGUUUGAGCGAGCAGAGCAACAUAGAAUCCGCAGUGAGAGAGAGAAAGAGCGACAGAAGCGCCUUGAGGAGGAGAGAGCUCGUAAGGAGGAGGAAGAAGCCAAGAGGAGAGCAGAGGAUGAUGCUAAGAAGAAGAAAACCCUGACCAGCCUCCACUUUGGAGGGUACAUGCAGAAACUGACAGAGAAACGGAGUGGUAAGAGGCAGACUGAGAGAGAGAAGAAGAAGAAGAUCCUGAGUGACAGACGCAAAUCUCUGGAAAUUGAGCACUUGAGCCAGGAAAAGCUCAAGGAGAAAGCUAAGGAGCUUUGGGAGUGGAUGUACCAGCUGGAGGCAGAGAAGUUUGAGCUGCAGUACCAGUUCACCAGACAGAAAUAUGAGAUUAAUGUGCUGAGGAAUCGUGUCAGCGAUCAUCAGAAAAUAUCCAAGAGAACCAAGAGAGGCCUAAGGAAAUAGAUGCUGACAUGCUGAGUGAGCAGUGUAACCAUCAGCCCUGUCCUGCAGCUAUAACCUGAGACCAAGUCCUGGCUUUCCAGCCACACCCCAGUCCCACCUGUCACACUAAUACAGCCACCUACAAUACCAUUUAUAACCAGUUUUCCAGCUCCACCUCACUCUAUUAUUUUCCUCUUUUUCCCAUCCUUUGAACUAGAUGUUCUGUGUUUAAUGGUGUAAAUAAAACUAUCUCAGUUUAAA